UGGCAAGUGUGUGGAAGCGGCAGUACAGUAAAGUGUUCGCAAGUAACUUGGCGAGAGUGUGGCGCAUUGUCAUCAAGACUGAACGAAACAGCCCAAGUCAGCCUGCAUCCUGCAAUCCAAGUGAAAUUUAAUUCUGUUUAUUUUCGGUUUGUAGUAAAAGUGCCCACGGUCAUUAAAUGUAAAUCUUUUUUAUUUUCUAUUUCAAACGCUUACAAUUUGAUCUCGCUAUUGAUUAUAAUGCAUUUUUAACUUGUAUAAAAUCUACACUAUAAGUUAACCUAUCAAGUUGAGCCUAUUCUACUAUGAGUACUCACCAGAGUCCAUCUAUUAUCCAGCAGCAACAACAACAGGCUGUUGACAAGGAAAAGAUUUACGAGUGGAUAAUUGAGCUCUCCAACCCAGAGACACGAGAGAAUGCUCUUCUUGAACUAAGCAAGAAGAGAGAAGUGGUUUCGGACUUGGCUCCGAUGCUAUGGAACUCGUUCGGAACAAUAGUGGCUCUGCUGCAGGAGAUCAUCAAUAUCUACCCGGCGAUUAAUCCGCCCACACUUACUGCUCAUCAGUCGAACAGGGUGUGCAACGCACUCGCCCUGCUCCAAUGUGUCGCCUCCCAUCCUGAUACCAGGUCAUUUUUCCUGCAAGCUCAUAUUCCCUUAUUCCUCUAUCCAUUUCUGCACACUGUGAGCAAAACUCGGCCAUUCGAAUAUCUGCGUUUGACCAGUUUGGGUGUGAUUGGAGCCCUUGUGAAGACUGACGAGCAAGAAGUGAUAACGUUCUUGUUGACUACUGAGAUAAUACCUCUGUGUUUACGAAUAAUGGAAUCAGGAUCUGAACUCAGUAAGACAGUAGCUACUUUCAUCCUGCAGAAGAUUCUCCUAGAUGACAGUGGGCUCUCCUACAUAUGUCAAACCUACGAUCGAUUCUCUCAUGUUGCAAUGAUUCUGGGUAAAAUGGUGCUGUCUUUGGCGAAAGAUCCUUCGGCUCGCUUGCUCAAACAUGUUGUACGAUGCUACCUGCGUCUGUCCGACAACCCCAGAGCUAGGGAAGCACUUCGCCAGUGCCUACCGGAUCAGUUGCGAGAUGCUACGUUCGCCGCCUGCCUUCAGGAGGACAAAUCGACGAAGCACUGGUUGGCCCAGCUGCUCAAGAACCUGGAAACCAGCCCUGGCGUCGGAGUGACCGUAGGCAUGUCGCCACUGGUACCGCAGUGACUAGACUCAACUCUAAUUGAUCACAUGUGAUAACAAAAACAAUCUCCAACUCGAAUUAUGGUCCCAUUCCGUAUUGUUAGCUUCUGAUUUGUGAUAAUCUGACGUUAUUUGCGUUACAGCAUUAUUCAUAUAAUGUUACCAAUCAAGAUCGAGAAAACUAAAGCAAAAAAAUCAAUGUUUAAAAACGUGUAUAUAUCUAUAAAUUAAUGUCUUGUAUACAGAGUUCUCUAAUCGGAUCAUUUACAAAAUGAAUCAUCUAAAAACUUGAAAUUUAUUGAAUCCUUAUUAUCCUAUUGGAUGACCCAAUAACUGGCCCUAAAUUAUUCCUCCAAUGAUAAUUUUUUCACAGGAAGAAUAUUCGAAGCCAAGUUGAAAAAAUCACGGAUGUGACUGAAGUUAUUAAUUUAAUUUAGUGAUUGCUUUCUUCAUUAUAUAAAAAUCAGUUUUGUGAUCCUUGUCAAUUUUCCGACUAGACAUCAAUAUUGCAGGCCAGGAAUUCUACAAACCCUUACAUCUAGAAUCUAGAAGACUUGUAACAAUGAUGCCAAAGUUGAUUAUCUUGUUUUAUAGUACAGACAUCAAAACAACUAUAUUUUUAAUUUUUUUUUAUAGUUCAAUCAUUCUUUGUUUCCUCAAUAUUUUUGGUAUAAUUGUUUUUGUAUGGCAAUAAACAUUCAAUGUUAUUUAUUGUCACUAGUCAAUUAAUCAAAUUAUGGAAAAUGUCUUGUUUAAAGCACGACGCACAACAAUUUCAUCCGUAGGUUUAUUUAUUUUGGGCAUUUCAAAUGACUGCUUCAAUUACAACUUAUUUUUUUAUUCAAUUUUGUAUAACUAUCUUUUGGAAUGAGAAUGUAGAAGUUUUUAAUUAUUGGCAUUAGUUGUUACCCUUCUUGAUAAUCAUUAAACAGUCCCUGUGCAUGUAUUUAUCCUGAUAGCUGUCUAUGUUUGGUGAAGGCGCAGUUACUUGAUCAAAUCAGUAUGACUUAUUUGUAAAUUAGUUGAUCUACUAUUGAAGAAAUAUCUUGAAGAUUCAUAUUUUUUAAUCUACUUGAAAAUGUCUAAAUUUGUAUAUUAAUACUACGGAAUAUUACUUAUAAGAUAAUUCUAUUGAUGUUGCAAAAUAUAUUUAUAUAAGACGAAUGUUCAGAUUUGUGUGUUUCAUGGUUCUCUCAUUCUCUCUCAUUGUUUUGCUUUUCUUAAUGUUUAUAUUUUAUUAGGUUAUCAUUUAUUAGAGAUUAGAGAAUUCAUUAAUGGAUUUGACUUUACGUUAACUAAAUUUUAAAUCAAGCUUUUUUUGAAUUAAAUUUAUCAUCAUUGUAUUUUAUGCUCUUUCAAUAAAAUAUUUUUUAAUUUUGAUUCAUUAUCAUGAUCGUUUUUCAAAAGGUGUGUCAAUUUGAAGAAACCAAUAAUUUAUUUCCGCAUUUGAUAAGCCAGAACCAUGAACUGUUUCAAGUCAGUAAUGGCACGAUGAGCUUGGGCUGAAAGCUUCAUGAUGAAAUGUGAAUAUUGUUCUCAAAAGUUGUCAUUUCAUAUCUUAUGUAUUCAUAUUUCAUCCUUGCAUUUAACAAUGUGUCAACUCUAUAAGAUCUCCAGACAAAGAUUUAUUUCAUGAUAAAAUCAAGCUAUUUGAAUAAAUCUGAAUUUGUAAUGCAUCUAGUUGAUCUAUUAAUAGUUUCCUAUAUUUUACGUGAAUUUUAUUUUUAAAUUUGCAUCUAAAUAAAAAGUGAUUAGUGAUAAUAU